AUGUCAAAAAAGACGCCGGCCUUUCAUGUUGAUCCCGUUCCCCAGACGAAGCCGCAUAGGCUGCGACAGUUCGUUGAGGAAGAUGAGGAGGCGGGAGAGGAGAAUGAGUUCGAUCUCGUUGAAGUGAUGAACUCCAUGAAGCCUUCGGAAAGGCGCGACGUCUACGCCCUGCGUGGUCUCUGGGAAGAUUACAAGGCGAUGCGAAAGGAGCUUCGCGAGAGGCUCGCGGAGCUGAAGAUCGCGAACGUUCAGGCUCGCAACGAACUUUUUGCAAAACGCCAAGCCAUCGUGACGGGCGCGCGUGAAAUCACCGAGGAGGAGCUGCGGGAUGCCAAAAAGAAGGAAAAGGAGGAGGAAGAUAAGGACAAGGAAGGGGAAGAGGCUGCCGCGUUACCCUCCUCAAGUACCCCGACAGGGAAGAGUGUCAAGGUCGUCGCACCAAGCGAUGAGGCGGCGAAGCAUUUGAUGGAGGCCUCCGCAGCCGACGCGCACGGCGGCAUUCCGAACUUUUGGCUCACAGCGAUGUGCAAUUCGGAUAUUGUAGAAGAAAUGAUCACGGAGCGCGAUCGGCCGGCGCUCGCCUUCCUCAUGGAUAUCGCGACGGAGUACGUUGACGGGGAUCCGCACAAAGGGGUGCGGCUGGUGUUUAGUUUCGCGCCGAAUGAAUACUUCAAGAAUCCCACCCUCACCAAGACGUAUCGAAUGUCUUUCAAUGAGGAGGAAGGUGAGCUGGAGGUGGAGAAGAUUGAGGGCUGUGAUAUCGACUGGACCUCAAAGGCGAACAACCUCACCGUCACUAUUAAGGAGAAGAAACAGCGGAAUAAGAAGACAAACCAAAUCCGCAUCGUGGAGCGCGAGGAGCCUUGCAUGUCGUUUUUUAACUUCUUCUCGCCCCCGAAGGAAGAAGGCGAGGAUGAUGACGGCGACGACGACGACGAGGACGGUGUGGACCGUGAGCAGGAGUGGGAGAUGGAUAUGGAGGCUGGGCAGGAGCUGAUGGAGCAGAUCGUCCCGAAGGCGGCGUUUUUCUACGUGGGGAAAUCCGUGGAGGAGGUCGCGGCGAUGAUGCACAGCCAGUACGGCAGCAUGGAUGACGACGAGGAGGACGAAGAAGAUGAAGAGGAUGAAGAAGAAGAGGAGGCGCAUCCGAAGCAGGGUGGUGGCUCGCGAUUUGGAGCCGCUCCAAACUUUUCCCGCGGUGGCGGUGCGGGUGCCGUCGGCCGCGGAAGAGGCGGAUCGAAGCCAAAGGCGGAGGAAUGCAAACAACAGUAG